AUGUGCCACGCUCUGCGAUCAAGGAACUUGUUCAAGGCCUUGCAGGCCAACCACUCGCCGUUGACAGUGGAAGAUCGUGCAAAGGCGAAGCUGCCAAUCCUUGUCCGACCGUUGUCCGCACAUCUGUGCCCUGGCCAAGAAUGCGGUGCCUGUGGAUGCAACACGCCUCGGCAGGGCUUGGUUCCACAGAUCUGCCGCGGCUUGGUUCCACAGAUCUGCCGCAAUGAUCCGGCAACAGGCUACAGCUGGAGGGAUGUUCAUCAUGACCUUGAGGCGGGCGUUUAUGCCGGAUGCUAUGGUUGGGACCAUGCCGCCUACUGGGGCAUCUCCGAAGCAAAGGCAGGUGUGGACUUGAAAGAGUGGUACAAGACGCGAACAGAAGCCGAGUUCUACCUUCCCGAGUUCAAGGAGCUCAUCGAUGAUCCGACUACUCAAAGGGAUUGGGAUCGGAUCUCGACCUUCGAUCCAUUGGGCAUGACAGCCCAUCCGCCCACCAUUGCUGCCUGUAAAGCCAAGCUGGACAUUCCAGAGCUCAAGGACUUGCGAAUGGACGGCACAAUUGUUCUGCCCUCGAACGAGAUCGUCACCUCGAAGUGUGCAAUAAGCUAUGCCUGGAACAUUCCACUCCUGGCGGACAGGGUGGGCCUUAGUGAGCAAGAGCUGCGCGAGGCACUGCACAAGUUCUCCCACGACAGCCGGUUGCUGGACCCCAAGGUGAAAACCUACCUUCCAGCCGUUGGCGGUCUCACUAUCUACACCUUCGGUGAUGCACGAAAACUCAAAGAUGAGAAGACAGAGGUUUGCGUACGUGUGCAUGACGAGUGCAUAGGUUCCGAUGUCUUCGGGAGUGACAUUUGCAGCUGCCGGCCAUACCUCAUAUUUGCAUUGCGCGAGGCUGUCGAAUGUGCCCAGCGGGGUGGGGUCGGUGUCGUCAUCUACUACAGGAAAGAGGGACGAAGCCUUGGUGAGGUGAUCAAGUUCCGGGUGUACAACGCUCGUGUGAAUCAAGACGGCGGUGACCGCCCAGAGAUGUACUUCCACCACACCGAGGCCAUCGCAGGUAUCCGAGAUGCCAGAUUCCAAACUAUGAUGCCGGAUGCCUUGAAUUGGAUGGGGAUCCGACGAAUCGACCUUCUUUGUUCCAUGAGCAAUGAGAAGUACGAGGCAAUCACUGGCGCUGGCAUCCAGGUCAUGAAGAGAGUGGACCUUCCCGAGAACUACAUCAAGGACAGCAUGCGGGUCGAGCUUGAUGCCAAGAUUGCAAGUGGCUACCACUCUGAUAAAGUGGAGGGCCAGGCUUGA